AUGGAGGAGGCUAGCACGAUCGACAGCCUCGCCGACGAGCUGUGGGUGUCCAUCGCAGCUUUCCUGCCAGCGGCUGACCUCCUCCGCUUCGGCAGCGCGUGCCGCCGUGCGCAUGGGCUACCGACCGACGCCCUGUGGCGCGCGCUCUGUGAGAUGCGUUGGGCGGGCUGGCCGCACUACAAACUCUCUCCGGCUCGCGAGGCGUGGCUGGAGGAGAGGCUUCCGGCCACGACGUGGUGCGCGCGGUACCAGCACACCGAGACGGAUGCGGCACGCACGACCAUGACGCACGAGGACGUCUGCAGCUUGAACUGGCACUUCAACUUUACGCCUUCGGCGGGCGGGCAGGGCAAGAAGUCGCUCAUGAAGGCGUCGUUUUCGGAGACGCAGCUCUUCAUCCCGGAGUUUGCGCCGCUCGACUACCAGCUCGUGACGCCCGGCGGCAUUGGGGCGGCGGCGCCGGAGGCUGCUGGAGACGGCAAUGGCGGGGCGCUCUACGCGUUCCACAGCCUUCGGCUUGCAGACAGCCGCUGCUGGCUGGUGUACAACGACAACGUGACUUUGGUCUCGUGCGGGCCGGACUUUGAGCUGGGCGACUACGACGAGCGAGGGUUCCUCACGUACAUGCACAUGCAUCAGUAA